AUUGCCGCUGGGGACUGCGGGUCCGGCCUGCAGUUCCGGGCGUCGGCGGUGGACGUGCCAGAGUUCACGCGGAAGGUCUCCCACUACUCCAUAUGGGUAAACCUGCUGACGAUUUUUCAGAUACGGUUCUACCUGACACAGAUGCGGUACACGGAG